AUGCUGAGCCCGAAGAUCCAGCGGUCGGUCCGCGUCAAUGAUGGGCAGCUGCUCGCGCUCUCGGAGCGGGCGCAGUUCGAUCAUAUACAAUCCGGCUAUCUUCACAAACGGAGCUCUGAUAACAACAAAUGGCAGCUGCGCUGGUUCAUCCUCUAUCAGAACAUGCUGUUUUACUACGAAUCGGAGAACAAUACCCGCCCGACUGGUGUGCUGCUACUUGAGGGCUCGUACUGCGAGCGGAUCACAAAGGCGCCCAUGGAAAGAAAUUCUUCGUUCUGCUUUACAAUAUCGUACCGUCGCGAAAGUCAACGACAGUACGAGCUGCGAGCUGCUUCCGAAGUGGACUGCGUACAUUGGGUCGAUGCUAUACGAGAGGCCAGGUAUUGUAUCUAA